GUGAGAGUAGUGACGCAAGGUCGUGUGUGUGUUACUGGUGCAACACUUAAGACAAAUUCAAGUUAAAACUCUUUGUAUGGAAUGAUUCACGUGAUGCAAGAUGAAUCAUUGGCGCCGUGGUAUAAUACGACUCUUACUGGCCAUCUUAUUACUCUUGUUUGUGUUGUUAUUGACUUACGUGGACGCUGAGAGGGAUGGUGAUGAUGUGUCCGAGGAGAUACUUGAGGCUUCAGGGUACAGCAGGUGGGUCGAGGUCGAGGAUGACUUGGACUACCCUGAGGAUGAUGGGGACAUGAUAGUGGUGGAUGUGGAGGAUGACGAUGACCUGGAGACCAUGUACUCUAGCCCCCAUGAGUACGAGGAGGUGUACAGCAGACCUGAGUUUGAUGAGCUGCCCCACUGUCCGCAGGAUGAUGGGGUUCUACGACCGGCUGUGGUGGUGAGUACGUUAGAUGGAAGAGUGACCAGCAUGGACCUGACUACCGGAGCUGUGUUGUGGUCCCACCAGACUGGCGGCAUAAAUAAACCCAUGUUGUCUUCAUCUAUGUCAAAGUUGGAAGUAACAUCCCGCGGUGAAUGGGUACGUCUGAUUCCCUCUCUGGAUGGUGGAAUAUUCAGGUUUGAUGGUGAGGGUGUGGAGGCUCUCCCUGUGACUGCUGACACUUUACUUCACUCAUCUUUCAAGUUCAAUACAGACACUAUUUUCACAGGAGGAAAAGCAACAGAAGUUUGGGGUAUGUCAGUGGACACAGGGAGGCUUAUUUACGUGUGCAACUCCUUAGGAUGCAAACGUCAGAGAACUGCGUCAAAGCCCGCACACGUGCUGGUCAUACGACGUGUCACUCAGACAGUACGUGCAGUGGAUCCCACGACGGGGGAUGAGAGAUGGAACUUCAGUGUGGGGCAGCACGAAGUGAACCUUGCCGGAGGUGGAUGUGAGUCUAUGGGCACCAAGGACACGAGUCAUUCCCUCUUACCCACACUUCACUUUAUUGUGCCGGACGGGAUCAUCAUGGGCAUGGAUGCUGACGGUGGAUUAAUAUGGCAACAAAAGUUGACGUCACCAGUUGUAAACGCUUGGCGAGUACUGGAAGGAGAAUUAGAACAAGUUGAUUUGUUCAGCACUAGCAGUGUGCCGGCCCUGAACCCAGACACUGGCCUCCCUGACACACAGCGCGAGAGCGAUGAGGAGGACCAGCAGCUGCAGCCAGCACUGUACGUAGGUGUGCAUCAGAAACAACUGUACAUCCAGCAGAGUGGAGGGAUGCGUCAUAAGGUUAACUCUGCAGCAAGGAUAUUCACGGCUGACUCGUCCACCCAGGGUGUGUGGUGUUCACUAACCUCUCAAGUAGAAAUGCUAUACCCCACCGAGGUAAAAUUUCCAAGAGUUCAGUGGCGUCCAUACUUGGCCACUGCUCCUUCCCGUACACCGAUAGUCCAUCACAGUGGCCGCACACAUCCUCUGCUUCUCACCUACGAUGCCAAAGACGAGUCCUCCACUGCUGUAGCUGUUGCCCAUCGCAUUGAUUAUCCAUUUGAUAAUGGCUACUAUUUGUACAGUGACGAAAACACCGGCCAGGUUAAUCUUAGUCGUCCGUGGGAGAGACCUGACUCUGCAUCAGCACCAAAGGAUGAAACUAUAAUGGAUGAAGUUGCAUCACAAAUCAUUCACAUAUGUUUUCACAUCGGGCCAGAAAUGUGGAUGAAGAUUGCUUUUGGUCUUGUGUGCUAUACAUUACUUCAUUACCUGCUGUUGCAGUACAUACUCGUGCACAUGAAGCGUCACGUGACCCGCCAGGCUCUAGUCCUCGUCACACAGAUGUUACAGCUUGUGAUUCAGAAUAAUCCACAAAUAUUAGCACUUAUACAGAGGAUGGGUAUCCAACUGCCUGCCCUGCCUGCACCACCACCACCACCAGGUGAAGCUGCUGCCUCACCAUUGUCCGUCAAGACUAAUGAACUCCCAACAGAAGACAAGACUGAGUCAUCACCUGAAUAUACCUCAAGGUAUUUGACGGACUUUGAACUGGUACAGUGUCUUGGUCGAGGAGGCUUUGGUGUCGUGUUUCAAGUGCGGAACAAACUCGACGAGAAUGUUUACGCUGUUAAGAGAAUCAUCCUCCCUUCUAAGAAGUCUUCAGCUGAGAGAGUAAAGCGUGAAGUGAGAGCAUUGGCUAAGCUGAACCACAGUAAUAUUGUCCGCUACUACAACAGUUGGCUUGAGUCACCCCCUCCAGGCUGGCAAGAUGAAGUGGAUGCACUCUGGAAAAAUGGUGAUGUUAUGUCCACAUCUCUCCUCACUCCUGCUACUGAGGAGACCCACAACAAGAUGAUGGAACAAACUGGAAUUGAAAUGAAGGCAGUGCAGUUGAGAGAGAAUUCACUGGCCAUGGCUGUGGACAAGCUAAUUGGAUCUCCGUUGGACAGUUUUUCUGGGAACAUUGAAGACCAAAACAGUGAAAGUGGAUCUUACAGUGGUGAUAAGGAAGAUGAAAACUCCAGUGAUGACAGUGAAAGUGGAUCUUACAGUGGUGAUAAGGAAGAUGAAAACUCCAGUGAUGACAGUGAACCAUUUAAACCUUUGUUGCGGGAAGAUUCAUUUGAUGUUGUUUUUGAAAAUUCCUGCAAUCCAUCCAAAAAUAAAGUAAAUGGUCACAGUGAGGACUCUUUUGAUGUUGUGUUUGAACCGUCAGACAGAAGUCAGGUGACAGCAAGACACAGGAGCAAGGAAGAAGUCAAACUUAGUAAUGAAUUUACCUUUAGUAGUAACUCCUAUGAUAAUGUUGACAGUGAGCUUCAAGAGCGGGGUAUAGAAAGUAGUGUUAGUGACUUUAUUGUCUUUCACGACUCUGGCUGUGAAAGUAAAAAUAAUUUAUUUGUGCCCAGCACCCAAAAUACUUUAAGUAAUUCUAGUCAAGAUAAAAGUAGCCAAAGUACAAGUCAGCCUAAGGUUGUGAACAGGCGUCGAGUGCAGAGUCAACCAAUGCACAACAACCACAGUGUUAGUGGAGAGAGACCUCGUACUUUGAGCUUAGGGACGAGCUCAGAGAAAGUCCUCCCUCAGACUCAUAAUAAGGAAGAGGUGAAGACUCAGUACCCAAGAUCAUUCCUGUAUAUUCAGAUGGAACUGUGUCAUAAAGAGAGCUUGAAAGAUUGGUUGUUCCAGAACCAAAACCGUGGACAGAAAGCUAUAUUUACAAUGUUUAACGACAUUAUUCGUGCCGUAGAAUAUGUACAUGACAAUCAACUCAUGCAUCGUGACCUCAAGCCUUCCAACAUCUUUUUUUCACUGGAAGGCGAAGUGAAGAUUGGAGACUUUGGUCUGGUGACAACAAUAACAGAAGAUGAACAGGAAGUCAGAACUCCAUCAGACUCCCUGCCUGCAUUAUUUUCUUCUGGCAACAACCACACACAUCGUGUUGGGACCCAGCUCUACAUGAGUCCAGAACAGGUGAACGGUCAGGUAUACGACUACAAAGUGGACAUUUACAGCUUGGGUCUGAUCUUCUUUGAGAUGUUGGUGCCAUUUUCUACGGGUAUGGAGCGCCUGACUGUUAUGACACGGCUGCGCGAUGGACAUUUCCCCAAGGGCUUUGACUAUCAGUUCCCAGAUGAGUGUACAUUACUCAAGCUGAUGUUGUCAAAAGACCCGACCUCAAGACCCACCACAAGAGGUAUCCGUGCCAGAAAUCCCUUGCGUCCUCUCCAGGGUAAUGCCGUCGACGACAUACUCCCGGAGGACCACUUUCGUCUCUCUCGUCAGCGGUCACACAUCCGUUCCAGCUCUGGAUCAUUUUCCUUCUCCUCCUCAACUUCAUCUGUAUAAACAUUUUGUUCUCUGUUUCUAUGUUGUUGAUAGACUACAUGGACAGAGAUGAACAAAGGAAUGUUUGACAAUAAAAUGCAGAGAAAAGAGUAAUGAGUUAGUUUUUGUGAUACUUGAAAUUCAGACAUUUGUGAAAACAUCUAGUUAUUUGGCAAAUGUUAUUCUCCAUAUUUUGGUAAUUCAGUAUUUUGCUUAACUUAUGCCUUUCCUCCUCCUCUACAGCUUCACUCACCAGUGAGGAUGUACAAGCUAGGGUAACCCUCAGGUAGGGAUUACUGCACUUAUUACCGGUCACAUGUCAUAGUGGGAACACUUGAGGACUACUUCACACAUUUUGUACCUUGAUCAAUAUGGAAAAAUAUUGUUUGUGUGUUUUUAAGUGUUGGUGUUUGUUCACUGAUGCCAGAAGGUGUGACAAUGGCCAGGUUACUGAUCUACCUGACACUGUCCAGUGUGGGAGACUCUGUAUAAUUUCUUCAGUCUUUACCUAAAGUUCUUUAUGUAUUUUGGCAUCUAACAAGUGAAAGAGUUGUUAUUGGACUGCCUACAUUGUGUAAAGAGAAUGACAUGUGCAUGAAGCAAGUACAGUACAAUACCUGCACAAUAUACAAAAGACAAUAUAAUGUGAGUGAAACAUCAGUGACAUGGGACAGGUGAAAAUUAGGAAAGGCCAAACUGUGAAGAAAUGAGCAGGAACAAUAUUUGAAGACUGGUGUACAGUAGAGUUCAACUGUGACUGACCGCGGAGUUGUGAUACAGUUCGAAUGUGGCCAAAGACAUAGACUGUAAGUGGGAGAAACUGGAGUAAUGAUAUUUUUGCCACAGUACAGUAAUACUUUGAUGGGUGGCCAGGGCUAACUGGUACACUGCCUCACUGCCUCAUAAUAAACCGAGCAUCAGUUAAAUAAGAGAUAUCCAACAUAUCUACCAAUUGUUAAUGUUUCAUGUGUGUCUUUGUCUAAUGUAACAUAAGCCAUUGUAAAAUUGUUGGAACAGUUUUAAGUUGAAAUUAUCUUUACCAGGUAUAUUCGGUAUACAGUAUUAAGAAACUUAAUAAAAUGUCUCUUGUUUUCAGCAACAUGUUCUGUUUCCAACAAUGUACUUAUGUGCACUGAACCAUGUUGCUGCAGUUAUUAUUGUUAUCUGGAGUUUACUUGUGUUUGGACUAAAGGUUGUAAUACUCUUUAUCAUUUUCAUUAAUUAUUCUGGGUCUUGCAAGUAAGUUAACAAAAUCAAAUGAACUGUUUUAUAACCCGAGUUCCUCUGCUAGAAUAGGAAACUCCAAGGCUAUUCUAUGCAAAUUAUCUUACCAAGCAUGAGUUCUCAAACCUUUGGGCUCUUCUAAGGACGAUUUUCCAACUUGUCCUGCUGAACACACUCCAUGUCUGUCAGUGGGUACUCUUGGGUUCACACACAUGGGUGUAACACAAACAGUGUCUAAAUGGGUUUGAUUGAAAUGUCAUAGUUAAUAAUACCUGGGACCCCAAGAUUUUGUCAUUGGCAAAAGUUUGAAAAAGUACUUUAAAAAUCUCUUGAUUUUAAGCAUUUUCCAAGACUUAUUCUUCUGGAUUUAAAUUUCAUAAUCUGUUUUUCAACAUUUUAGCUUGACUUACAUACUUAAUGCUGUCUCACAGUAUUUAGGGUGACAACCUUCUCCUCCAACAUACCAUGGACUGACUAUGUGAACAUGAAUAAUGGUUCCCUAACUCACUCACUCUGGUCAGGGGAUUUAACUUGUCUCAUGGAAUUGGAAGGCCAUACUAAUGGCCAGCUGAGCUUUAGCAUACCAGGUACACUAAGUCAGAUAUGGUGAGGUAGGUGAAUUAUAUUAGUGUAGAAGAUGUAUUUUCUACUCAGCUGGAUAGUGGCAGACAGCUUAUUAGAUAUACUGUACUGUACUGUACUGUACUGUACUGUACUGUAUUGUACUGUAUAUAGAAGAUAACCUAACUGUAGCAUCAUAAACUUUGCUGUGUGCCUUAUUAUGUAUUAAUAUUUUAGAAUUAAAGAAUGUGUGUGUUGUCUCACUGUAAAUUGGAGAGAACUAUACCUGAUGAUUACGGUGAUAUUAAACACAAAACUUACUGAACUGGAAUAAAUUCUAGUUGAAAUAGUGAACUUGUAUUACAGGAAAAACAGUUUGCUUUGGGAAAAUUCAUUCCUAUAUGAACUCAUUUAUGGUAAUGCCUUUAUGGUUGUGUCUGCUCUCAAAUCAUCUCCAGUUUCCACUUGAUGUGAUCAGUAGUGUCUGCUUGUGCCGAGUAGUUUGGUGUUAAUUUCUACCAGUGUUUACAGUACUCUACAAGUCCACCUCCAGGUAUAUGUAGGGAUGCAGCAUCAACCAGUCCAAGCACUGUUACACUUCUCACACAGUUACUCCUUCAGCAUGUCUUAAACUAUCAGCUGUAAGUGUUUCGUCAGUGUAGGCUUUUCUUUAUGAAGUAACAUCCAUAAUGGAGUUUUAUUUCAUGAUAAAUGUAUCAAAUAAACAACCAAAUACUGCUGCUGUGUGCUAUGCUGUGCUGUACUGUGCUGUUAAAGAAUAGAUGUGUUUUAGUUUCUUUUUAAAAUACCUGUAUAAAUUUUUAAUGAACCUUUUAAUCACUGGACAAGCCCGGAUAUUUAUUUUGAAUUUACUUUAUUUAUUAUUAUUAUUUGUGUGUGUGUGUGUGUAUGUGUCAGUGGGCAAUGGUUGAGAAUAUUGGUGCUUUAGAAAACUUGCACUGAUCCUAAACUUUUGAAGUGGACAUUGUUUUGUUUUUAAUAUACUGAGAAGACCUGGAUCAUUGACCCAUGUUGUUGACUGUACAGGAGGAUAAUCUUCUCUUAUUUGAGGUUUAUAUUAUUUAGGUUCUCUUUAAUCACCUCCAAAGUGACCAAAAAGAAUAUGUAAAGUCAACAUGCCUGGAAACAUCAUUGUUAAAGUUCUUGAAUACUCUGAUAACUUUUCUCAAGGUUACUUUAUGUUACUAAGAGAGUGGUUAUGUAAGUGUGUAAAGAAGACGGUCUCAUCAAGUAUCAUCAUUUAGGUAGUUACUUGCAGAAAAUGUUGUGAAAGAGGAGCAUCUCCACAAAAUUUGCCGAUGACAACUUUUCUUAGAUUCUUCAAGUAUUUUAGUAUUUACAUUAUUAUCAGAACUUUUGUCUGGUUUUUAAUAUUAAGUUUCCUAUUCCACACUUCACCGGGUUGGUGGCGUUAACUGUGCCUCAGUUGUUUAGAGUAAUUAUACCUGAUUUAAAUAGAGAAGAUGACCAUAAGUUAUUAAAGUGUAAAGGUAUUUGUGUAAGAGUGUAAUAACCUGUAGAGGGUGAGAUUAUGAAUUGUGUAAGAUCAAUAGAUGACAUGACUGCAGGAUGUGGUUGUUGGAGGUGUAAACUCGCUCCAAAAAGUAUCCUUGCGAUUUUGUGCGAGACAAUACGACAAAUGAUGAAGGAUUUUGACUAGACAACAGGAGUCGUGAUGUACAUUUUGAAAUUCAUCGGACUCCUUCGUAAAGUUACUUUUUGGAGCGAGUGUACAGUACAUCUACUUAUUAAUACCCUUACGAAAGAAAGCAUACAAAUUUGUGGAAGAUGUAACUGCAUUAGAUAGAGUGCAUAAUGGUGUGAAGGCUUUGUGAUAGCCUUUAAAGUGGUUCUUCAUAAAAUGUUAUACAAUGAAAUCCUUGAAGAUUUUUAGAGUGUCACAGUAAGCUGAGACAAAUACUUGUAUUUAAUUUGUGUAGAUUUUUCAUUCAUAGGAAAAUUUAAAAUGGCUGUGCUGUGACCUAUGUUUGGUGAUGCAGGUGUAUUUUUGAUGUUAAUUAUGAAUUCUAAAUUAUCAUGUCAACUUUACUCUGAUUUUUACACGUUGUUCUUCAUUAUAGGAAGUGAGUGUUUUAAAUGGUUUGAGACCUGAAGGACAGGCAGAACUAGGAGUGGUGUUAUGGUCUGUGAUGUGAAUGCAGCUGAGUACUUUUAAUGUUAAAGUCCCAGAAAAAAGUUAAUUCACCUUGUGUGGGGGUGUAUACUGGCUGUUGAGUAGUGAGGUGAAGACUGUUGAGGCUAGACCAGCGAUGAGACAGACAAAUGUACUGAAGCAAGAGGCAUUUGGACACCCAUCUACAUGUACUGGGUAAGUUGUGUUUCAGAUAAGUAGCCUUUUUUUAUACAUAAGUUAUUGGUUGGCCACUAUAUUAUGACUGUUUUUACAACUCUCUUCCAUCUUAGAUACAGUUUAUUAGUUUAAAUGUAUUUGUGACAUGUAUAAGUGAACUAGACAUGGAACAUUCCCUCUUACAAGUGUAUAAAGAGCGUGAUAUUUCCUAGAUGUCUUUUUUCUUCUUGCCUCCAGCACCUCCCUCACCCCCAUUCUUCGACUUAUGAAUUAUACAUCCCCACACACCUUCAUUUUAUCAAAUCUUUUUCACAACCCAUUCUCAUAGUGCAUCCUCUCUGGUCAGCUGUCAAUCCGAUACUAUCAUCUCCUUUGUAUUCCAUUUACCUCACAUUACUCUCAAACAUUUCCAUUAUUUAAAACAAGAUUCCUCAGCUUUUCAGAAUUUAGACCUCAAUUUUUCCUCAUUGCAUUCUAGUCCCUUUUUUUCACGCUCCCUCGUCACAUUUCUCUAUCCGUGUAUUUCUCCGUGCACCAAUUGAGCUACUCCAUGGUUUAAUUCAUCGUCCGCUGAUCGUUGAAACAAAUGCUCUCACAAACCUAAGACACCUCACUGUCUAUAUUAUCUUCAAUCAAACUAACAUGAUCUUUUUACUGAUACAUAAAACCCAUAAUCUUGUUCCUCCCUUUCUCUAGGAACAUAUCACUCACACUCUUUAACACAAACACUUAAACCAAUCACCCUCUUACUUUCCGGAACCCACACCGUGUUCACUAUAGUUCUCUCAAUACAGGGUAGUUACUUUACUUUACACGUAACCCAAGUAGAUUACAUCACUAAAACACGGCAGCUGAUCAAAGCAGGCAUUACCCUCUGUAUUUUUUGCUGUCACUCCUUAUCAUCUCUACCAUUAGUUCCUCAUUUGAAACCAACUUGUUACUUUUAAUAUCUUUGGUACAGUAUUUUCUCCAUUGUCUUUAUCUGCCAGUAUAUUUUGCAUUCUUUCACCAGUUUUCUUAAUAUUCACUCUCUCCUCUCUUCCUUAUUUGCAGUUGUUACAUAAGUUUCCUCCUUCACGGGUAGAACCAUUCUCUCAUCUGCCAGUCAUCUUCUCGCGUUAUAAUGACCUGUUGUCGUGUGUCUUUGCCGUGUUUUAUGAAGUUUGAUCCAUAAUCCGGUCCCAUACUUCCUCAAUUGCUCUCUCUCCUCAUCCCCAUUAUUCAUUGUACAUUUACUCAUUUUUUCUUGGUCAUUCCUUUCAAUAUUUCAACCACAUAUACGGGCAGACUUCACAUAACAGACAAGAUACGUUGAUGAGGAAGGUCCGUUAAGCAAGGUUACGUUAGACGGGGCUUCACCGUAAAGAGCACUGCCUCUACUGUACUUUCAUUUGCUCACGAAAUCUUACAACUUCUUUAUCUAUUCUUCGAUUGACUUUCGCCUUUACCUUUUCGAUGAAACAGUGGUCAGGUUAAUCCCUGCACUGCCCCACGUACAUUUAAUUUUUCUUCUUCACCAUCACUUAAUCUGACAACCUUAGCUUCUCCAUCGUCAUAAAUGUUCUUGUAUACUGUUUAUUGAGGUUGAGGAUGUGAUAGACUACACUACAGAAUGGCUGAAGAUGGAUUAAGGUGAAUUGUUUGUAGGGGGUUAAUUUACAAGGUACAGUGGUCGGUGGAUACUGUAGUUGUAGAAGGGAAGGUGGUAGAGUACAGUGUCGGCCAUAUUGUCAUGAUGCUGUAUACUUUAUACUCUUGUAGGAAAAACAUAUUAAUUUUGUCCUCUUGUAUUACUUUCAUUUUUAACAUUAUCAUAAGUCCAUGGGAAGUUUGGGUUGGCUAAAGUAUGAAAGUUUUCUUUUAUAAACUUUCCUUGCAGGUACAAAUAGUGUGUGAAACAAGUGUGAUAGUGAAUAAUAUACUGUAUGUAUGUAUGUCUGUAUAAAAACAGUACAUAAUUCAUUUUUUUAGUUGAAGUAAGAUACAAAUACAUUUUUUUCUAAAUGAUUUUGAUUGUUAGUUGUACAGUAACGUGUGAAGAUGACACAUUGAAGAGGUACCUUGGUUGGCUGUGUUGUGCAGUGUGUGAAGGAGAUUGAUUUUGGUGAAGUACUGUACAGUAUUUUUUUUUGUAGGUGUAUUUGUUAACCAGGUGAAUAUUAUUAACACAACUUGGGAGAUGAGACGCUGUUGCUGAACCAGUAGAUGUGACAAGUUGUGUCGUUCUAAUUGUGUGGGUCACCAGGUGUGUGUAUCUUGCUGUCCACACUUGUGGUCUUCACGGUGGUUAUUCUCUACCAUAAGUGAUCUCAACGCAAUGUAUGAGAUGUGAUUAAAAACAAUUAAAGUGAAAAAGUUAUUUCAGUAUUUUACAAAAA